CCGACAAGUGCUGGGGUUAAAACAGAUUAGGAGGCUGAAGGUGGCUACGUUGGCUGCAUCUUCGCGUCACAGACUCCUUUUGCACAACUCCGAGAAAGAAAAAGGAGGGGAUACCUGGCACCGCUUCAAAUGACUUCUUCAGAGGAAUGAAAAAAGACGCUGUGGGCUUCCCGCCAUCCAACAUGUCUUUAGAGGAGAGUACUGUGAGAGACGCGCCUGAAAGUGAGACGGAUUGUUCUGAUGGACGGGAUGAGGCUGUCCCGGGACGCAUCGCCAGCUUACCGCUGGAUCCAUUCCCACCCAAAGACUUCAGAGGGAAGUUUAAAAAGAUGCGGCAGAAGAAGAGACCCACCAUUCUUGAAACGUCUCCUGUGGGGAACGGAUAUAGUAAACCUCCCAUCCCUCCAGUCAGCUGUCCUCAGGGAGAAAAAGGCCCCCCAGCCAUGGUGCCCAUCAGCGUCGACCCGGAGAGCAAGCCGGGAGAGUACGUCCUCAAGAGUCUGUUCGCCAACUUCACAACCGCAUCUGAGCGCAAAAUCCGCAUCAUCAUGGCUGAGCCGCUGGAGAAGCCAUUAACGAAGUCACUACAGAGGGGAGAAGAUCCACAGUUUGACCAACUGAUAAGCACCAUGAGCUCAUUGGCUGAAUACAGUCUCCCCUCCAUCCUCCGCACUUUGUUCGACUGGUACAAAAGACAAAAUGGACUGGAGGAAGAGUUGCACGAGUACCGGCCAAGAUCCAACACCAAGUCCAAAAAUGACGAGCAGCAGAGGGAUUAUCUACUUGAAAGGAGGGAUUUGGCCAUCGAUUUCAUCUUUUCUCUUGUACUCAUAGAAGUUUUGAAACAGAUGUCGCUGUACCCGUCUCUUGACAGUUUGGUCAAUGAAGUCAUUAAUUUAGCCUUUAAGCACUUUAGAUACAAAGAGGGAUAUAAUGGUCCAAACACUGGCAACAUGCACACUGUAUCAGACCUUUAUGCUGAGGUGAUCGGAGUCUUAGCCCAGUCCAAGUUUCCUGCUGUAAAGAAGAAGUUUAUGACUGAGCUGAAAGAGCUGCGGCAGAAAGAGCAGAGCCCAUAUGUUGUGCAGAGUACCAUUAGCCUCAUCAUGGGGGUCAAGUUCUUCAGAAUUAAAAUGUAUCCUGUAGAAGAUUUUGAAGCAUCUUUUCAGUUCAUGCAGGAGUGUGCUCAGUAUUUCCUAGAAGUCAAGGAUAAGGACAUUAAGCAUGCCCUGGCCGGCCUCUUUGUUGAGAUCCUGGUUCCUGUUGCAGCAGCGGUGAAGAAUGAGGUGAACGUGCCCUGCCUGAGGAACUUUGUGGACAGCUUGUACGACACAACCCUGGACCUGUCCUCCAGAAAGAAGCACUCACUGGCUUUUUAUCCUCUGGUGACGUGCCUGCUGUGUGUCAGUCAGAAACAGUUCUUCCUUAACAGAUGGCACGUCUUCCUCAACAACUGCCUUUCAAAUCUCAAGAGCCGAGACCCUAAGAUGGCCCGUGUUGGGCUUGAGUCCUUGUAUCGACUGUUGUGGGUCUACAUGAUAAGAAUAAAGUGUGAGAGCAACACGACUACACAGGGUCGUCUCAGCACCAUCGUAACAACGCUGUUCCCCAAAGGGUCUCGCAGCGUGGUACCCAGAGACACGCCUCUCAAUAUAUUUGUCAAAAUCAUUCAAUUUAUUGCGCAGGAAAGACUGGAUUUUGCCAUGAAAGAGAUCAUCUUUGACCUUCUCUGUGUCGGAAAGCCAGCUAAGGCCUUUAGUCUUAAUCCGGAGAGAAUGAACAUCGGCCUGAGAGCGUUCCUGGUCAUCGCUGAUAAGCUGCAGCAGAAGGAUGGCGAGCCUCCAAUGCCAAACACAGGUUGCACUUUGCCCUCUGGGAACACGCUGCGAGUGAAGAAGACGUAUCUGAGCAAGACGCUGACGGAUGAGGAGGCCAAAGUCAUCGGUAUGUCACAGUAUUAUUUUCAUGUGCGGAAGGCUAUUGACAACAUCCUCAGACACCUGGACAAGGAGGUGGGACGCUGCAUGAUGAUGACCAAUGCUCAGAUGUUAAACAAGGAGCCUGAGGACAUGAUCACCGGUGAACGGAAGCCCAAGAUCGACUUGUUUAGGACUUGUGUUGCCGCCAUUCCUCGGAUCCUGCCUGAUGGGAUGUCCAAGUCUGAGCUGAUCGACCUGCUCUCGCGAUUGACAAUCCACAUGGAUGAUGAGCUCCGACUCAUCGCCCAGAACUCCUUGCAGAGUCUGCUGGUGGAUUUCUCCGACUGGCGCGAUGACGUGCUGUUUGGCUUCGCUAACUUCCUGCUACGUGAGGUCCAAGACACCCAUCAGGGAUUGCUGGAUACGUCCCUGAAAUUACUGCUGCAGCUGCUCACGCAGUGGAGACUCACCCUGGCUACUCAGGGGAAGAGCCACGACAGCAAUAAAACACACACGGCUGAGCUGCUGCAGUCCAGCUCGAGUCUCAAGAUGCCCUCAGAGCGAGGGCCUCACUCCACUGUGCUCCACGCCGUGGAGGGGCUGGCGCUCGUUCUGCUCUGCUCCGGCCAGCUGAGCACCCGUCGGCUCGCCAUCGCCAUUCUCAGAGAGAUACGGAGUCUCUUCAUGACCAUCGGGCAGUCCGAGGAUGACGAUAAACCAAUGAUAGAGAUUAUGGAUCAGCUCAGUCCUGCUAUCCUGGAAAGUUUUGCUCACAUCGCAGUCUCUGACACCGCCGCCAUGCCAGCUGGCCACCACGUGGACCUGCAGUGGCUCGUGGAGUGGAAUGCGCUACUCGUCAACAGCCAUUACGACAUCCGGAGCCCCUCGCACGUGUGGGUGUUUGGCCAGUCCGUGAAGGACCCCUGGGUGCUGUGUGUCUACAGUCUCCUCCGACAGGACAACCUGCCCAAGCACUGCCCCACAGCCCUCAGCUACGCCUGGCCCUACGCCUUCACUCGGCUGCAGAUGCUCAUGCCCCUGGUAGACCCAAACAAUCCGGUAUAUGCAAAGAAGACCAGUACCUCUGGCAGCGGCGAUAAUUACGUGGCCCUAUGGAGGAACUACCUGAUCCUUUGUUUUGGCGUAGCCAAGCCCAGUAUCAUGAGCCCCGGCCAUCUGAGAGCAUCGACACCCGAGAUCACGGCUCCUACGCUUGACGGCGGUGUCAGCUUUGAUAACAAGGUUAUCGGCAGCCCGUCUGUGGCCUGGCUGCUGAAGCAGUUGGCCCCGCUGAUGAGGGCAGAGAGCAUUGAGCUGACAGAGUCAUUAGUUCUGGGAUUUGGUCGCACUAACUCACUCAUAUUCAGGGAGCUGGUGGAGGAGUUACAUCCGCUCAUGAAAGAGGCAUUAGAGAGAAGACCCGAGAACAAGAAGCGGCGUGAGCGCCGAGACCUGCUGAGACUGCAGUUGCUGCGCAUCUUUGAGCUUUUAGCUGAUGCAGGUGUUGUCAGCGACAGUACGAAUGGAGCUCUGGAGCGCGACACCCUGGCCCUCGGCGCUCUGUUCCUGGAGUACGUGGAUCUCACCCGGAUGCUCCUGGAAGCGGAGAAUGACAAAGAUGCGGAGAUCCUCAAGGACAUCCGAGCUCACUUCAGCGCCAUGGUGGCCAACUUCAUCCAAUGCGUACCAGUGAACCACAGGCGCUUCUUGUUUCCACAGCAGAGCCUGCGGCAUCACCUCUUCAUCCUCUUCAGCCAGUGGGCUGGCCCUUUCAGCGUCAUGUUCACCCCCCUGGACCGCUACAGUGACAGGAAUCACCAGAUCACAAGAUAUCAAUACUGUGCAUUAAAGGCCAUGUCUGCUGUGCUCUGCUGCGGGCCUGUCUUUGAUAACGUUGGCCUCUCUCCAGAUGGAUACCUCUAUAAGUGGCUGGAUAAUAUACUCGCCUGCCAGGAUCAGCGGGUCCAUCAGCUUGGCUGUGAAGUUGUUGUCCUGCUCCUGGAGCUCAAUGCUGACCAGGUCAACCUAUUCAACUGGGCAGUGGAUCGCUGCUACACAGGUUCCUACCAGCUCGCUUCGGGCUGCUUCAAAGCCAUCGCUGCAGUCUGUGCCAGCAGCAAAAACUACCCAUGUGACAUCGUAACGCUGCUGAACCUGGUGCUCUUCAAGGCUUCAGACACCAACAGAGAAAUCUAUGAGAUUUCCAUGCAGCUAAUGCAGAUCCUUGAGACUAAGCUCUUCUUGUACUCCAAGAAGAUUGCAGAGCAGAGGCCAAGCAGUAUCCUGUACGGCACCCAUGGUCCACUGCCACCUCUCUACAGCGUUUCUCUGCCCCAGCUCUCCAGUCAGCUCGCCAGGAUGUACCCUGAACUCACGCUCCCUCUGUUUUCAGAGAUUAGCCAAAGGUUCCCCACCACCCACUCCAACGGGAGGCAGAUCAUGCUAACCUACCUCCUGCCCUGGCUGGGUAACAUCGAGCUGGUGGAUAACGGCUUGCUUUUCCCAGCCCUCGCUCUUUCCUCCACAAGCUAUGAGUCCGCCAGCCAGCCGAGCGCUGCAGGCUCAUCGCACCAGCUGAAAGGCAUUGGCUGGGGAUCCUUACAAGCCACGUCCAUGGUUCUCAAUAACCUCAUGUUCAUGACUGCCAAGUAUGGAGAUGAUCUUCCUGGGCCUGAGAUGGAAAAUGCCUGGAACGCUUUGGUCAGCAAUGAGAAGUGGAGCAACAAUCUGAGAACCACAUUGCAGUUCCUCAUCAGCUUAUGUGGAGUCAGCAGCGACACCACCCUUCUUCCAUAUAUCAAGAAAGUGGUGAUCUAUCUCUGUCGAAAUAACACCAUCCAAACCAUGGAGGAGCUGAUAUUUGAGUUACAACAAACCGAUCCCGUCAACCCGAUGGUGCAGCAUUGCGACGGCCCUCCUUUCUAUCGCUUCACUGCCACAAGCAAGGCCUCUGCAGCAGCUUCAGGCACAACAUCAAGCAGUAAUACGGUUGUAGCAGGACAGGAAAGCUUUCCUGACACAGAUGAUACCAAAGCUGUAAAGGACAGCGAGGAGAGGCUUAGUCACAUAAUGCGAGCCCACCACCGUCUGGAAUCCCGGUACAGCAACAGUUCUGGAGGCUCUUAUGAUGAAGAGAAAAGCGACCACCUGCCCCCCUACGCGGACUGGCUGGCGGUUGUUAUUGAGACCAACCAGCCCCACCCUCUCCCCAUGCCUCUCAACGGAGGAUGUUGGGCUCCACUGGUGGACUUCUUACCAGAGACCAUCACUCCCAGAGGACCACUGCACAGGUGUAAUAUUGCAGUCAUCUUCAUGACAGAGAUGGUGGUGGACCAUAGUGUGAGAGAGGACUGGACCAUUCAUCUGCCUCUACUGCUACAUGCUCUGUUUUUGGGCAUGGAUCACUAUCGUCCAGAGGUGUUUGAGCACAGCAAACGACUCCUCCUCCACCUGCUCAUCGCGUUGUCCUGCAACAACAACUUUCAGGCCGUUGCGUCGGUCUUACUGCAGACACGUGAAAUCAAUGUCACCAAGACCCUCACCUGCAAGCCAGGCCUUCAACCAGAGUAUUCACCUUCAGGAGGCUUUGACUUCCUACGGGAGUGUCAGGCGUCUCCUCAGCCAGACUCCGGUCUGAGCUCCUCCUCGACAUCGUCCAGCUUGAGUCUGGGGGGCAGCAGCAACAACCUGCCGGAGAUCACACAGGUGAUGGAAAAUCUGAUGGACGCCAGCAAAAUGAACGAGAAGCCGAGCAAGCUCAUUGAGUUUCUAACCACAAGACCAUAUGGGCCACUAUGGUGCCAUGAAGACAUUUCACCAAAGAACCAGAUCUCAAAAAGCACUGGACAGCUGACAAACUUCCUUAAACAUGUGGUAUCUGUUUUCAAAGAGUCCAAGUCAGAUUUCCACCUGGAGCAGCAGCUCAGUGAGGUGGCGCUGCAGACAGCCUUGUGCAGCUCGUCGCGUCACUACGCCGGCCGCUCCUUUCAGGUGUUUCGGGCCCUCCGUCAGCCCAUCUCCGCGCACGCUGUGUCCGACCUGCUUUCAAGGCUGGUGGAAGUUGUUGGUGAACACGGAGACGAGGUGCAGGGCUACGUGAUGGAAGUUCUCCUGACGCUGGAAUCUGUGGUGGAUAACUUGGCUGAAUGUCUCAAAAACAAUGACCUCAUGGCUCUCCUGACCAGAGCCUCAUCUCCAGAUUUCCUCAGCAGUUUCAAGCAGCUGUCUAACAGGAAGAGUACAGGACAGCUCAAUCUUAGAAGAGAAGAGCGGGUCAGGCAUCAGAGAAGCUCUUCUGUCCCCAAAAAGUUUGGCGAGGCCGACAAGUUUGCCGAUCCACCUCGCAGUGCCACCCUGGACCGUAUCCAAGCGUGUGAACAGCAGGUUUUGUUAGCCAGGAUCCGCAGCUCAUCUGCGUCUCGAGACAACGUCACGGACCCGUUGAGCAUCCACCACCCCAGCAACCUGCUGGCCACCGUCUUCUGGGUGGCGGUGUCGCUGAUGGAGUCGGACUUUGAGUUCGAGUACCAGAUGUCUUUAAGACUGCUGAAUAAACUUCUGGACAACAUGUCGCUGGACAAGCAGGAAAACCGAGAGAGACUGGAGAAACUGCAGAACCAGCUGAAAUGGAGCAGCUUCACCGGUCUGCAGCAGCUGCUGUUAAAGGGCUUCACCUCCCUGUCCACCACCGACCUCACGCUUCAGCUCUUCUGCCAACUCACGCCUGUGUCACGAGUGCCUGUAGUGGACACAUCACAAGCAAUAGGUUUUCCCUUAAAUGUUCUCUGCCAGCUCCCACAUCUUGUGCAGAACUUUGAAGCCCCGUCGCAAUUUUGUCAAGAUGUUGCCGAGAGGAUAGCUCAGGUAUGCCUUGAGGAGAAGAAUGCCAAACUCUCCAACCUCGCUCAUGUCAUGACUCUGUACAAGACGCGCUCCUACACGCGAGACUGCUUCUCUUGGGUCAAUGUGGUGUGUCGCUAUCUCCAUGAAGCAUUCUCAGACAUCGCCCUGAGUUUGGUCACUUACAUGGCUGAGCUCUUAGAAAAGGGUCUCCCGAACAUGCAGCAGACGCUUUUACAAAUCAUCUACAGCCUCUUGAGUCACAUGGAUCUGAGUGGAAUUCAAGCUAAACCCUUUAACGUGGAAGUGCUCGAAACUAUUGAAAAGUUUGUCCAGACCGUCCAUUGGAGAGAAGCGCUGAAUAUCCUGAAGCUGGUUGUGUCUCGGUCUGCCAGUUUGGUGCAGCCGUCAUUCCCACAGAGUGACCUCUCCUAUGAGGACGUCAGCCGUGUCUGGGACCGCUCCUCCAAGGCUUUGCCUGGGAAGACGCUGGAUUUCCACUUUGACAUCUCUGAGACACCGGUGAUUGGUCGGCGUUACGAUGACCUGCAGCGCUCCCAAGGCCACGAUGUGAAGAGCAUGACAACGGCAGUGACCCGUAGCACCUCUUCAACCUCGUCUGGAUCCAAUUCCAACAACGUACUGGUGCCAGUCAGCUGGAAGAGGCCUCAGUCCUCACAGAAAAGAACCCGGGAAAAACUAGUGAAUGUAUUGUCACUGUGUGGACAAGAAGUGGGACUCACAAAAAAUCCAUCGGUCAUCUUCUCCAGUUGUGGGGAACUGGACCUCAUGGAGCACCAGCCCAGUCUGGUGUCUUCCGAUGAAGGGACCCGGGAACUAGAAAACAUGGACGACACCACCUCAGAGCAGCAGUUCAGAGUCUUCAGAGACUUUGACUUCCUGGAUGUCGAGCUCGAAGAUGGGGAGGGAGAGACCAUGGACAACUUCAACUGGGGAGUGCGUCGAUGCUCUGUGGACAGCCUGGAUCAGAGUGACCUGCAGCCCCUGGAGGAGAGUCAGCUGUCCAGCAGCAUGCCCAGCCUCAGCAAGAUGGCGCAAGAGGACUCGGACGAGUCGUCUGAGGAGGAUUCCCUCACAGCCAGCCAGAUCCUCUCCCACUCCCAGCUUAUUGUUAACCUCUCUCCAACAGCAGAGCUCAGUAGCUUGGACAAUUCCUCUGCCUUUUUUGAUACAACUUCAGCAGAUUCAACUCCCCUGAGCUCCAAAAAUCCCAGUUUCGAUGUCCAACUGCCAGAGGACUCGAAGCAGCGGCAUGAGGUGUUACAAAAAGAUGACGACUCUAAAGUUCUUGAGGACAACCUGCCACUCUCCAUUAGUGAGCUUCCUCCUGAGUAUUCAGGUGGGGACAGUUUGGCCAUGGUCAUGGUUUACAGCAGUUGUAAAGAGCUGGACCUCGACAGCUUCUUACCCAGUCUUGCCGAGGAAGAGAUGGAUGACGCGUUGGAGUCGCGCUCUUCACCGCCACCGUCGCCCUUCUUCUCUGCCAUUCUUGCGGCGUUCCAGCCAGCAGUCUGCGACGACGCCGAAGAGGCCUGGCGAAAUCACAUCAACCAGCUGGUGUCUGACUCAGAUGGGUCCUGUGCAGUCUACACUUUUCAAGUAUUUUCUUCAUUGUUUCAGAGUAUCCAGACCAAAUUUUGCUCCUUCACCUGCGAUGCUGUGAGCUAUCUCGGUGACGGCUUGAGGGGAUUGGGAUCAAAGUUCCUGAAGUCCUCUCAGAUGCUGACAUCAUGCUCAGAGUGUCCAACUCUAUUUAUUGAUGCUGACACGAUUAUGUCCUAUGGACUUCUGGAGAAAAUGAAAUUCAGCGUGUUGGAACUUCAAGAAUAUCUUGACACAUACAACAACAGAAAAGAAGCAGCUGUCACUUGGUUGAACAGCUGUAAGACCACCUUUCUUAAAAGUCCUGGAGGCGCAGUGGUAACAUGUCAACCAAUGGAGGUUGAAGAAAAGCAAAUGGAAUUUCUGGCUCAACUGGAGCUUUGUCAACGACUCUACAAACUCCACUUUCAGUUGUUGCUGCUGUUUCAGUCCUAUUGUAAGCUAAUUGAGCUGGUCCACGAAAUAAGCUCUGUUCCACAGCUCACAAAUAUGUCCCGAGAGCUAAGUCUGCUGCAGAGCAACCUGAGAGUAGCCGCCGCGUCUGUGACAAACGUUGACGUCGCUGCCUGUGAGAGCUCCCGCUCUGAGCCCAUCUUUAGCUCCUCUGAGGCUGCAGUGCAAGCCAUCCUGGAGGCUCUAAAGAACAAUGAGUUUGCAUCAGCCAUUCGCUACAUUCGUGAGUGCAGAAUAUCGUGGCCUCAUGACAUCUUCGGCAGCCACUCUGAGGAUGAGGUUCAGACUCUGUUGAACAUCUACUUCAGACAUCAAACUUUGGGUCAGACAGGAACGUUUGCUCUGGUGGGCUCAAAGCAGGACCUCACAGAAAUUUCUGUCAAGCUGAUGGAACUCAACGGGGAGACUCGGGACAUGAUCCGGCGAGCCCAGGGCUACAGAGCCAUCACAGCUUUUCUCCCAGACUCCAGGAUUUCGGGCUCAACUCUCUGAUGGCGGCCUGGCUGUGUGUCACCCUGUCUCACGCCUAAUCUCUCUUCCUGUCUGGAGCAGCUGCUACCAUUUGAGCUAUUAAACUGUUCCCUCCUGGGAAUAGCCCCAUUCUUUACUCCCUCUUCUUUCUCAGAGUGCAUUUGAAUGUCAUGAAGUCAGAUGUUCAGACGCACAGCAAUACUUUUCUUUUUACACAGAGAAGUGACUUUGCUAUUUUAAUUAAAAAAAAAUGCUUUUCUUGCACUAAUAUAAAACAAACCUUCACACAGAGACCAGUAGCUACUGAGGUCAACAACUGUCCCCUUUAACAGACAAAAUACCAAAGCUAAGUAAUUCUCUAUUAAAUGUAUUGUUUUAAUUGUUAAGGGAAAAUGUGCAAUUCUUCACUUAAUUGGAAGACCUCUCCGUCUCCCAAAAGAAUGUAUUUGAGUAUCAUUGCAUUGGAAAACACUGUUGUAGUGAAAAAGGGAGGAGUCUUUUUUUUUUUUUUUGAUAAAGUGGUGUGUUUUUGUGUGCAAGUGUCUUUGUUUUGUGAGUGUUUGAGUGGGUGAAUUCAGUUGUGACGACCAUCAAAGAUGGAAUUGAUUGAUUCUGGUUUGUAUGAGUGGUCUUUGUUCAACUACUCUGAAAGGCUGCAAACCUACUGUAAUAUGUCCAACCUACCCGCUGCUGUGUGGGUUACCUGUUACUUUAAACAUCUUACUGUACCUUUUAACUGAGCAGCUUUUUGCAAAAUAGGUAAAUUAUUUAUAUUUUAAACAAGAGAUAAACAUGCUUUUAUCGAACUAGAUUUAUAGAAAGCAAAUAUUUUGUUUCCGUUGUUAAACCUGCCAAGCUUGCAAAUUUGAUGUACAAUAAAAUGCAUAGUUAUGUUUAUGGGAAAGAAAUAUAGAAACUAUUUUAACUGAUUAAUUGUACAUAGUGAAAUGGGGGCUUUGCUCGGACUCAUAAAAUUGUAUUUUUAUGAAGUUGAACUUUGAGUUGCAUGCAAAAUGAGUACAUACCCUAUUUGUAAAGCGUACACAAGAGCUGUUGUAGCUUCUUGCUAUGUAAAUAUACCUGCCUUGGCAAUGUACUGUAUUUUGGUGUUCUGUACACUUGUAUAACAAUAAAACAUACAUUUGUUAA